GUUUUUGUACGGUUAAUAAAUUAUACAUUUUACACUUGGUAAAUCCCAAAUACUAGAUGCGGCGAAUAGGCGAUGAAUAAUGAAAAUCGGUGCUGCGCAGUUGAUAAAUAGAAGUUGGUUGGAAGUCGGUUCAAGUGUUAAAUACUCUAUAUGUAAGCUGGCGUUCUCCUUCGAUCGCCGCGUUCAGUUUGGUCUCAUCGCUCCAAGCGUCCACAGCGUUACGUUGCCCGAUGCCCGAGGAUUUGCUGGCCAGCCGGAGAUCAGACUCUUCGACGUGCCCGCUGGGAGGCGACUGUGACUGUGAUUAUCUGUGAUUCUCCAUGGCCGGAAUGGAGGUGAAGAAGGCGGAGAAGGAGCAGCAGCUGCUACUGGAUACCCUGAUCGGACUGUGGAGCCAAUAUCUCCAGGCCUCGGAGCUCGAAGAUGCGAGUGUCAAGGACCACUGGCUCUGGCUGUUGCUAUAUAACUUUCAGUUUCUGGACGAUAAGACCUUGGAAGAUGCCUGGCUAAAUAGCCACUUCAACCUGAUGCCCGAGGAGCUUUGCUCCUAUUUGUUGGAACAGGUCUACCAAAUCAUCAGCGAGGCAAAGAGAUCUCAAAACAGCAGUUUGGAGGAGGAACCGGAGCAGCAGGACAAGUGCAUCAAGCAGCUGCGCAAGCAGCACAAUCUAGCCCAGCUAAUACUCAGCACUCCCAGUGAUUGCAACAAGAUUCUUGCCCUGCGAACAUUUCUCACCGAUAAGUUGGGCCAUCACUUGUUGGCCUUUCUGCUGCGCGUGGAUAUCAAGCACAUUGCUUCCCAGAAGAGCCUCUGCCAGCUGUGCAUCAACCUGUUCCCCAACUGCAAGUGGAGCCCGUCCAACGAGCCCCUGGCUGCCCUGACCAGCAUUUCCCAGUUCAUCGGCAGUUUCUACCUCAAUUCGCAGAGCAAGAAGCUGCGGCGUCAGCUGCCAAAGAGUCAAUUACCCAAUCGCAUAUCAUCCAAGGCAAUCGCAUCGAGAUUCGAGGAGUUCCAGGGGACAAAGAGGAGCAGCGAUGAGCUGGCCCUGCUGCUCAUCCAGCUGCUCACCAGGUGCGUGGAUGCCGAGCAGGAAUCCCAGUUGAGUGUGACGGUUCACAACUUUGCCCUGGGACACUUGUGCGCCAGCUUGGAGGAGCAGGAUGAAUCCUCAUCCAGUGACAACGAUGAGAUCAUCAAGUUCGAGCUCCUUCAGCUGAUAGCCCGCUGUGUGAAUAACUUCUACAUGCUGGAGCAACAGCAGCCGAAUGUCCAUGAUUUCAACAGCAACUUUGGUCAGCUCCUCUACGCUUUGACCGCCAAUCGCAGGAGUCCUCUGCUGGCCCAUGGAGUGCUGUACAUCAUGUUUGGAACCCUCCACAAUCUGGUGGAUAAUGGGGUAAGGGAACUGAAUCAAAUUGAUGUGCGGAACUUUGAUGCCUGCUUUGAGGUUCUCCACGAGGCCUCGAAAUCCACGAACUUCUCCACCGCCAUUUUCCUGCACAUCUACAAGAUGCUCCUGCGACUCACCGAUAAUCUCUCGCGGCAGGAACAGCAUUUGCAAAGUCUCAUGGAGAGCAGUGCAUCCACUGCGUUGCCGAAGCAUCAGCAGCUGCAACAUCCGCGACACAAAAGACAGCGGAGCAGUCAACUUCACUGCUCGGGAUCGAGUUCUUUGAGCUGCUAUUUCCAGGGAAAACUCUACCAUCUGCUGCCCAGUUUGGAGGCGGAGCUCCAGGAGCACAGCGUGAGGAGCUUACUCCGAACUGGAAGCUGUUGCUGCCACUACAAUGCCAGGAACUACUCAACUUGCCUGCAAUUAGCUACCCAACUAUCGAGUGGCUAUCAAAAGUGCGCCUACAAGUUUCUGCAUUAUAAUGUUUUACAUACCAUCUUUGUAAAGAGGAAUCCACAGGGUUGUCCAGGCUGCGAGGAUAAGCUAAAGUCGGCUGUAUUCCACAUGGAUCUGCUGAAUAUCUAUAGGGAAAACUAUAAACCCUUGCUGAAAACACCCGCCAUGUUGCUGUUCCUUAAGCACUUGAAACAUAUCGCCUAUUUGCUACCCUACGAUUUGGCUUCUGGUAUUCUAGCAGAGGUAGCCUUGCCCAUUUUUAGGCAGUAUAAAGAAUUAAUAGAAACUAAGGAUAACCUCAGGAGUAAUAGCAAGGUGACUCCUUUACAGCUGCCAAGCAAAUUGGAGAACUACCGAGCUCUUCACGAAUGUCUGAGCAUAUUUGUGAUGUACUUGAGUGAUAUCCGCCUGGUAAAAGCCUUCUACAACGAGGAGAACAUACGUUAUAUGCAGGAUUUACUCAGCAUACCCGAACUCCAGCGGGGAGUAUGUGAUCUUAUUAAGGUUGGAAUAGAUAACAUAGCCUUUCUGGGCGAGAAUAGCCAGGAGCAGAUUACUUUAAGCCGACGACUCAUCCAAUUACAACUCAAUAGCAGCGAUCGGGCAUCCCAGCUCUUUCAGGCCCUCCUCCACAAAUGUUCCAAGAACUCACGCAGCAAAUUCUGGCUGGAUGAGACCACUAAUCCUGUGAAGCUCGAGGGACACAAGCCAGCGGAUAUACUCUACAUCACAGCCCUGCAAUGGACCCUCAACUUUGAGCUGCUCAAAACAAGUCAGUUGUUCUACAAUGAAUUUGCCAAAAUCUACUCGAUACCCGUGGAAAUGCUGGACAACGAGGAUGACGAUGAGGUGGAGUCGCCAAUGGGUGAGGGGAUUCCAGAGGAGAAGAAGCUGCGGCAUGGGGACAAGAACAUAGUUGACAUCUUGAAGCUGAACUACAAUGCUCUGGGUUGUUUCCUCAUGCUACCCAAGACCACAAUGGGAGCAACCACAACCACACCUACAACACCUGGAAUUUGCGGCUCAAGUUCAUUGGAAACUUUGGUAUCCCAGCUGCCAAUCGGUGAUCCAAUCGCUGGUGGAUCAGUCUCGGUCACAACGGCCGGCAGUUCGGACUACGCGGAUUCUCAUAUGGAUUACGCCUCGGUGAUUGAUAACUACGAUAGCUACACACCUUCAUUCCUCCAGCAACUCCAGUUUAGUGAACCAGAUGAGAGCAUAGUGCUCUUCGACAUUCGUGGAAAUGAUUGUCCUGCUCCUGGCACCUCCCUAAUCCUUUCAAGCGAAGAGGAAGUGGCAGCUGCCAAUGGCAUAAUCAACAAACUAUUCAACAUUGUGGGCUCCCUUUUUGGAGGCGGAAGUCCCGGAGGCGGCGGCGGAGGUGUUGACACUCCCACAAGUGCUAAUAUUGAUGCGGAUUUGUUCUGCCUCUACGAACCCAACGGCGAUUGCAAGAAACUCUUGCUCAAACUCUUCGAGGCGACCAUGGCCAUCUGCAUCAAGGGUUUCCAAAACGAAGAAGUGGAGAAGAUGCAGAAGCAUCUGCGCAAGCUGCGUGCGAUUAUUCUGAACCAUGCCACGGAUAAUUGGUCGGAUCAUGGGGAACAGCAUGCCAGGGAUAAUGCGGUGAUUCAGACCCUGCAAACCUUGCUAAAGAUUGCAGAGUUAUCCAGUGGCAGCCAUCAGGAACCGGCGGGCGUGGUCAGCAGUCCAUCGGGGGAUUCCCAGCAGCCAAGACCACGUGCUAGAUCUUUUAACAGCGGCAGCGUGGAGCUCCCCCGAUUGCAGCCCGUCAAGUUGCCCGCAAAGAACUCUUUAGCUACUCCUCCCACUCCCAGGAGAAGACCCAAUUCCAGUGAGGUAAAUGGAGGAGUGGAUGCGGAUUACUUCUCCACCCGCGCCUCCUUGAGCUGUGCCGCCGACAGCGAACUGGAGCUCAGCGAGAACGAGCACGAGUUUUACCUGACCGCCGACGAGGGUUACGAGGCGGAUGGCGAGAUUGCGGAUCUCAGCGAAUCCGAGUGUGAGCUGAAUGGUGGUGUCAUGGCAGCCAAUGAAUCCUGGACUCCGUUUCAACCAUCCUCAAGAUAUAGAACACAUAUCAUGCACCAAGGUCUCAGCCAGUUGGUGGUCCAAAUGCUGGCGGAAUUGUCGCUGCUCUGCAUUAAGCAGCCAAAUGGUUGGACCGAGAGUCUAACCCAAUUGGCCAAUCGGCUGUUUGUCAUCCGGGAUUAUCUGGGCGGACCUCUGUGCCUGCUCAAGGGAUUUGCGCCGAUCCUAAGCUGCAGCGAUCCGAGAUUGAGGGAACUCCAACAAUCCAUCCUGGAGUUGGUUACCCACCUUAACACACCAGAGGUCCUGCAAUGCUACUACUCCAUCUUGGCCUCCAGACAGCCUCCCGUGGACCUGCUAAUGCGCCACAUGCACCACAUCUGCUCGGGUUCCCUUCGCAAGGCUCAGCCCUGCAUGGAGCUGGACUUUCCCAUUACCACGGAUGGCAAGAUAGUGAUCACCUCGGAGCCGCUGGUCAGUGAGCAGAUCGAAAGGGUGCGACUGCAUCACCAGCAGUGCCAGACGAGUACGCUCUUCACCCGGGCUGCCUGCAUUUUUCCGGUGACCCAAACGCGUCUCUGGCAGCCAGAUGGAUUGACCUUGUCUCUCUGGUUGGAGCUCAGGGGUCAGCAGAUGCAUCGCAGCUCCAUGCAGUUCAACGAUGAUGAGACGCGCUAUUCAGGAGAGGAUCUAACUAAACUCCACCUGCUCUCUUUGGGAACCAACCAAGCCAUGAUCUCCAUUUACAUCAGUCACAACAUGCAGCUCAUCUUCGAGUUGGUCAAACCCAAUGAGCAACUGGCUCCGUUGCGAGUGGAGGAGCACAUGGAGGCCAACGCAGAUACGGCUUCGGUGAUUUCGGCCAACACACAGGCUGCUGCCAAUGGAGGAACCAUUCGACAGGCCCUCAAACAGACCAAGCUGGCACUACUCAACAGCUUCGGGCAGAUGCACUUGCUCAAUGGCCACCAAACGUCGCCGGAUUCCUCAGGUGGUUACUACGAAGGAUCCGCCGUGCAGCUGCAGCAUUUGCGGCUACCCCGGCACAAGUGGAUGCACUUGGUCUUUGGACUGCAGCAGCAAGGAGACCACGUAGAGAUUAGCAUUUAUCUGGAUGGCCUGGAGCAGCACACCAUGCGUUUGCCCUUCCACAAUCUUCGCCAGCUUACCAGAGUUCAUAGCUUCCAGUUGCUUGCUUUGGGCGAAGGACAACCUACUAGGAGUCCUGGAGGUAGCAGCUCCUCCUCGAGAUCCACUCUAGAUGGCUCUGCUCCUCGAUAUGCCCUCUCGAAUGUGAUUCUCUUCCGGCGUCGUCUGGUGGAUCCCCAGCUGAUGAUGAAUCUCACGGCCAUGGGACCGGAUUUCACCGAGUUUACCCAGUGCCAGGUGGCCAACUGGAAGCCCAAUUAUGGUUUUGUUAGCCUGUGCAAGCUGGCAUCCUCGAAUUUCGGCAACCAUUUGGACUGCAUGCGGCAAUUAAGACAGGCUAGAGUCCUGGUCUACACGGCACAGCAGCCGGAUCUGGUGAUGAGCUACGAUGCCAGCCAGGAACUGGACAUGGCCUGCUAUGGACAGCCAUUUGGGCAUAUGUUGUAUGGAGAAUUGCAGCAGCAUCAACCGCAGACCCUGCAAUCCGCCACUUGCCUGAGCGGAGGACUCUCCACGCUGCUUUAUCUCUUUGCCAGGAUUGUAGAACUCACUGGGAAUGCCAAUACCCAGGCUUUAUCCCUGGAUCUCCUCCUCCAAGUGGCCCAUUCGGAUGCCCAGCUGUACACGGAAUUCCAGCGACAGGAUUAUUUGGCCCUGAUAGGCUAUGUGAUUAAAUCGGAAAAGUGCUGCAAGGAUGUCCAGCUACUCCGGAGCAUUGUGAACAAUGCCUGCUCCCAGCCGUUGAUUAGCAGGAAGGGGGAUUCCCUGAAUGUGAAUGAUAACACGAUGGCCACCCUCGUCUAUCCCCAUCUCCUCUUAGCCGUUCUGCAACGCUACUCCGAUUGGCAUCGUUCCGGAGCAACCCACUCGGAUGUGCUGGACAUGCUCUUCCGCUGCAUCCUCGCGCUCACCCGGGACAAGCAUCCGCAGAGGGAUUUCAACAUGGAACAGCUGCAGAAAUCCGGUUUACUGGGAGCCCUACUCAAUCUCUGCAAGGUCUAUGUGAUCGAAUCACCCAGUCCGGUGCAGAUUUCACCCUAUGCCGCCGAGUGCUUCGUCCAGAUACUCGCAGUCUUUGCGGGAUCCCCUCCCGAUUCCUCGAUGCUGGACGAGAUCAUGAAGCUUCUCCUGCUGCUCCACAAGCCCAGCGACUGUUAUGUGACCCACGAUCGGUUGCACUUCUACUUUCUCCUCACCGCUCAGCAACCGGCGAAGGAGAGAUCCCUGGUGGCAGCGAAUCUCAGUAGGGUGACCACUUCGCUGCGCAGGCAAUUACAUCCUGCUCAGAAUCCCCAGCAGGAAUUGGAUCCCGAGAGGGCGGAGCGAAUCAAGAAAUUGAGAAGACUUCAUGCCAGCUCUUCUGGCUAUCGAAAGGCAGUCAACGAAUUCGAGGAGCAACUGGAGCAGAUGGCCGACUGCUCGAAUCUCAACAAGACCGCUUUGAGGUUGCUCAGUCCCGUGGAGGCCACUCGUUGGCGCCUGAAGUUCAAGCGGCGUCAUCCUAGCAGUCCAAAGAGGAGUAGUCCCUUGAAAAUUGCCCGCAGGCGCAUCCAUCCGCACUUGCAUCUGGGAAAGAUCUGGCAGCCUUCGGGUCAUAGCACUCCCAGUUCGGGUCAAUCAUCGCUGCCGAACAGGAAGACGGACUUUUACGAUCAGCAGGGAAUCAUUCGACUGCAGCAACGUUUGCUCAUCCUCCUCAAGGACUUCCUUUGCCUCCUUCCCGACUCCUCGGUGGAUGUGGUCACGCGACACUAUGUUAAGCUGGAACUCCUCCUGGUUCUGGCCAACCAACGCAGCUGCGCCGUUCGCCAGGCCAUCAUCCAGCUGCUCGAUGUGCUCACCAAGCGUCUGGCCAGUGGUGAACUUAAUGUUGCUACCAAGUUGAUGUAUCCUUUGCACCUGGCCAACCAGUUGACCAUCCAUGCGUGUGAUACGGGCAUGUUUGAGGCCUGCCUGGCUUGGAUUAGUGGCAUCCAUGGCAGUCUGAUGGAUGUCUUGGGUUCAGAGGCUCCUCUGAGGAUUCGCCAGCGCUUUGGUCUGCAAUCUUUGCUGGCCAUUGCCGAGGGAGCAGAGCCCCAGAGGGUCUUUAAGGCUCUAUUACGUCUGUAUCUUCAGAAUCCCGAUGAUCAGACCUCUUUGAUUGAGGCGGGACUGCUGCAGUGCUCGGUGAAGGCGCUCUACAAGAUCUACUCCUUGCGCCUGGGUCAAUCCAAUGCGGAUGAGUCCAUUCUGGAACUGCUGGCGAAUAUUGGAGAGAGGGCUCUACGUUCAGUGGGGCAGAUAAAUCUCGUUUGGGACAUCCUCAACCUGCUAUCCUUCUACCAGGACAAGCAACCCCAGCUAAUUAUGCGCAGCUUCCGCACCGCCCAAGCUCAACUCCAGCUGGAGUGGCUGACCAAGUUCUUUGAGCCCAAUAGUUUCCGCAUUGCAGUGACCAAUGAUUCCCCACUCAGUCCCACGGAACUUCGCACGCGGAUGGAGCUGCUCAUCGAUCGCUGCACCCAGUUCUUCACCGUGCAAGUGGGUCAGACCAACGGAGCCACCUAUGUGGCCAGUUCCCAGGAGCUGGCUCUCUUCCAGCUGCUGGUCUCCUAUGGAAUCUCCAGCAAUCAGCGAUGCAACAACUUUAUCGCCUGGGGAUUACAACCUUCGAGGCCAAGGGAUCUGCGUUCCUAUAUUGUGGAUGCCUUGUGGCGAUCUCAACAGGAUGAAUUCCAAAGGGCCAUCAUCUGCGAUGCCAAGAUGAUCAAGGCGUUACUAUGGUUGUCUUUGCUAGAGGAUAUGGUGGAGCCCAUUGAGAAUCUCCAGCGACUUUGUGAGGCUCUGGGCAUCAAGGAGAAUGACUCCUCUUGGAAUCUGGUUCAUGAGCUCGAUCGCCUCGAUCAGAAUCGAAAUAAUAUGGCAGCCAAACAGAAGACUCUGCUGGAGAAGACUGUCUACCGUUUUGAACCUCUAGUGCAGCAUUGCGUGGAGUCCUCCAUGGUGACCACGAGGAAGGUGGCGGAACUGCAGAAUGCCGAACGCAAGGCUCUGAUGUGCCACAUGAAGGUGUACGAUGAUACCUAUACCUACACCAAGUGGCUGGAGAUCAUACGUCGCAUGACCCACGAAGGAGCUCCCUGGCACUCGGCGGAAAGAGCUGAAUGCUCCUGGGAACUGGACGACACCGAAGGACCCUCCCGAGUUCACACUCGUCUACGUCGCUGCCAUUUAGACAUUGAUCGCCGCUUCUUUAUGAACGAAUAUAGACCAGGACAGGGACAACGCGAGGAUCUGGAGCCCUAUGUGCGACCUCUCGACUACCUGAUAGCCAGCUACGAUCAGCAGUUGAACAUAUCGCUAAACUCCCAAAUCCUCUACAACUUUGCGGCCAAAUUCCUGCCCGUGGAUGGGGAAAUCGAGGGCGAGAUCAUCAUCACCGAUCACAAACUCUAUUUCCUGGCCACCUACCGCUGUCGUUACUUCAACGUGAACUGUGAUAUCGCCAACAUAACCGAGAUCUGGCUGAAGCGCUACCAGCACCAGGAGACGGCCUUCGAGAUUCUGCUGGACACGAACAAGUCGCUGUUCUUCUCGCUGCCAAAUGCCGACGACUGGAAGAUCAUGCGCGAGGUAUUCUGUGAUAAAAUCGUGGCCACGCCGGAUCAGGCCAAGGUCCUGGCCAUCACGCAGCAGUGGCGCGAGGGUCUCCUGACCAACUGGGAGUACCUGAUGACCCUGAAUCAAAUAGCCGGAAGGACGUACAACGAUCUCAUGCAGUAUCCAGUGUUUCCCUGGGUGCUGGCCAACUACAACUCAGAGAUUUUGGAUCUCCGGGAGGAGCAAAACUUCAGGCGACUAUGCAAACCCAUUGCCGUGCAGCUGGAGGAGAACGAGAAGCACUACAUUAGUAACUAUACGUACAUUGAUAGUACGAACACCACGAUGGGCUCUUUGAUCUUGAAACCAUAUCACUAUAGCUCCCAUUACUCGAACUCCGGCACAGUACUCCACUUCCUGGUGAGGGUUCCUCCGUUUACCAGCUACUUUCUGCGCUACCAGGACAACGAUUUCGAUCUACCGGAUCGCACAUUCCAUGCCUUGAACACCACCUGGUUGCUGGCCAGUCGGGAUAGUCCCACGGAUGUCAAGGAGCUGAUACCCGAGUUCUUCUGCCUGCCGGAAAUGUUCGAGAAUUUCGAGAGGUUCAAGUUCGGUUGUCGACAGAAUGGCGAACGGGUGGAGGAUGUCUCACUGCCGCCCUGGUGUCAGCGGGACUCUCGGCUCUUUGUGCUCAUCCAUCGACAGGCUUUGGAAUCGGAACUGGUGCGGAAUCAGAUACACAACUGGAUAGAUUUGAUAUAUGGGUAUAAACAGAGCGGGGAGAGCGCCGUGGAGGCCAUCAAUGUGUUCCAUCCAGCGACGUACGCCGUCUUCCUGGACUCCGAGAUCAGCGAUCCCAUAGAAAGGGAGGCGGUAAAGACCAUGGUCAAGACUUAUGGUCAGAUGCCCAGGCAGCUCUUCAAGUCACCACAUCCGGCGACCAAGGCGCUGGACUACUCCCUUGUGGACAAACCCAUAGUGUCCACGGUGAGAGGUCUCCGUUGGGGUGUCUACGUAGGAUCACCGCAGCUGAAGCCUCCCUCCUGGGCGAACAUCCACAAGAUACCCGGCACCGAGCACCUGGUGAGCUUCAGCAACACCAAUGUGGUUUAUGCUUUGCCCGGAAAAGCGAGUGUGAUGCAGGGAGCCGAACCGGAUACGUACAACGUGAUCUCCUGGGGCUACGACGAUCGCAUCGUGAGGAUCCAACCGCUGAAUAAGCCACAGGCGAAGCCCAAGAACCUGCUCCACAAUGGAACCUUCGACGACAUCACCGCCUGUGGCUGCGAUGUCAACUCGAAUCAGCUUUGGUUUGGCCACAAAUCCGGGAGGGUGAGUGUGUACAAGUGCACGGGAGGAUUGGACUCCCAGCAGCGAGCUUCGGCGAAGAGCAGGCAGAGCUAUGCGCGUGGGUUUAGUCUGUCCUACAACUCGGCCUUCCGGAAGAUGACCAGCAGCAGCAAGGGAAUGGGCGGGGGAGCUUCCGAAAGGAACGACGAAGCGGGCAAUCUUACAAAUUCCGCCACCUCGGUAAACUCCUCCAUCAAUUCUUCAAGUAGUGAUGCCUUCCAGCGGGACGGAGCCGAUCUUAGCUGGCUGGGACCCACGUUGCUGGUGCGGCACACCGACGAGAUCACCUGCAUCACGCUCUCCGUGGAGUUUAAGAUUGCGGUGACGGCGGGACGCGAUGGAAUAGCUGUUAUCUGGGAUCUAAAUGAUUGGAGCUACGUUAGAACAAUUGCCCGACCGGCGGAGAUCCACCAGUCGCCCAUCACCCAUGUGGCCAUCAGUCCCACGCUGGGCGACAUAGUCACCGUGCACACCUUGCCCCAAUCCUCGCCAGAUGUCAAGAAUUCCACAGCAACUGCAACCAGACCGAAUUCCCUCAACAUUGCCGAUGAAUGUUUCGAGGUGACCGAAGAGAACCUCGAUGACUUUGUCAAUGUGAAUGUGAAUCCCAAUGGCAAGUCCAUUUUGAGACUCCACUCAGUAAACGCGCGAUAUGUGCAGCAUUUGGUGCACGAGGAUCGCAUCCUGGCCAUUUGUUAUUCAUAUAUAAAGGAAGGCGUGGGAGUAAAUGUAAUAGCCACCGCAGUGGAGGGAGGAUUCGUGCGCUUCUGGUCCAGCUGGAACCUGAGCUUUGUCAGCGAACUGACCACGGGCACUUCGCCUAUUAGGAGCAUCUGCUACUCCACACAUCAGCAUUUGGUGGUGCUAACGCGAGAGUCCCACAUUCAAGUUUGGGAAUCCGAUGGUCUCUACGGGAAUGCCCCCAAGUUCCCGCAAAUCGUCUACAAAUGAUGACAUACUCAAUAAACUCAACUCAAAGCAUAUCAAUGACAGAUCACUUAAAAAGCAGCUGAAUCAAAGAAUAAAUUGUGCGUCUGGUCAACUAGUUAAUGUUUCCUUCUAAAAGAUGACAAACAUUUGCUAACGACCGGCACAAAAUCGAUAUAUAUAUCAGAAAGACUAUAAGAUUCCUAGGCUUAGGUCUCAUAGAGCUGUAAACUACACACCUUUUGUACCAAAACUUUUUACUAUUAUUUAACUUUCGUAUUUUGUUUUGCCCCGCGCUGCCUUCAAUUGUUGAU